CUUAGCUACGCACUCUCCUAGUCCUAGAGAGAGCGAAGCUUGGUUGGAGCUAGAAAAGUGGCCAUGGAAGGAUGAUCAUCACGAUCAUGGUUUGGUUUUGACGGACUUUCGAAGAAAUCCCAGGCUAGUCCUUGGAAGGUAUUUUAUUCUGCCUGUUUUAGAAAUAUGGAGUACUUGGGAUUGUGGUUUUGGGGGUUUUGAUGAUUUAGACAAAAAUGAAAGGCAUGAGUGAGGAAGUGGAUCGAUUCUUCGACACUCGCGAGGACAUUUCUUCUGUGUCUGAUUCAAGUUCUGAUUGCCCUGAAGAUGCUGAUGGUGGUUAUGAGGUCAUUGAUUCUUUGCCUGGUAGUAGUGGAGGAUAUGAUGUUUGGAUUAGUGACCAAAUGAGUAUUCAUGAACGGCGAGAUAAAUUUCUGAGAUGGAUGGGUUUGAGCGAGAGGAAAAUGACGAUACAACAUCCCGGGAUCACGUCUUGUGAUGGCUUCGAGGUGGAGACUGAUAGAAUCACCAAAAGCAGUGAUGCAGUUUUAGGAUCAUCAAGCACUGACAAUGUGCCGUCGUCAAGUCAGUUCUCCAUGUCGUGUUCGUCAAAUGAUGCUAGGGAAUUGGUAGAUGGGACGCGGGAGGAGAGCUUCAGUUUUAGGAUCAGAAAUUUGGAUGAUGGGACGGAGUUUGUUGUGGAUGAACUAGGACAGGAUGGGAUGCCGAGGAGACUUCGUAAAGUGGGUUCGAGCCGUUUGCUUACAGUUGAAGAAUUUGAUAGAAGUCUUGGUAUGUCUCCUUUAGUUCAGCGUUUGAUGCAGAAAGGGGUCGAAGAAGCUUUCAUAUCUGAUGUGGCGAGAACGCAGGCGAAAAGAAGGUGGUUGAAGAGAAUAGGUGCUGCGGCUUGCAUUGUUGAUAGACAAUUGGAAGUUGGUAGCAUCAAUUGCUAUGGUGCUUACCCGUAUGUUGCACCUGGGGCUCAGGCAGUUAAGGUUAGAUCAUACAGGAAGCGGUCCAAAGAAUUAUCAGCCCUUUAUAUGUUACAAAAUAUACCGGCCCAUGAGGGGUCAAUUUUAACAAUGAAAUUCAGUCCAGAUGGUCAAUACCUCGCAAGCGCUGGUGAAGAUGGAGUUGUUCGUAUAUGGCAGGUGAUGGAGUCAGAUAGAUCAGCUGAAUUUGACAUUCUUGAUACUGAUCCUUCAUAUGCGUACUUCAAGAUUAAUAAGUUUUCUGAAGUUGUCCCUUGUAAUGUCGAUACAGAAAAAAAGGGUAAAUUGAAGGCUACAGGAAAAACUUGCGUCAUAUUCCCUCAAAAAGUUUUCCGGAUAUUGGAGAAACCUAUUCAUGAGUUCCGUGGGCAUUGUGGUGAGGUCUUGGAUCUCUCAUGGUCGAAAAAUGAGCAUCUGCUAUCAUCAUCUGUUGACAAGACUGUUCGAUUGUGGCGAGUUGGAUGCGACCGUUGCCUAAACGUUUUUUCACAUACUAGCUAUGUUACGAGUAUUCAGUUCAAUCCCGUCAAUGAUGAUUACUUCAUCAGUGGCUCUAUAGAUGGAAAAGUGCGCAUUUGGGAAAUUCCUGCCUGUCAAGUUGUUGACUGGACUGAUGUAACAGAAAUAGUAACAGCCGUCUGUCAUCAUCCUGAUGGAAAGGGAGGAAUAGUUGGCUCCAUGAAUGGUGAUUGCCACUUUUUUGAUUUAUCAGAUAAUCGUCUGCAACUUUAUGCUCAAAUAUCCUUGCAGGGCAAGAAGAAGUCACCACACAAGCGGAUAACCGGCUUUCAGUUUUCUCCAAGUGAUCCUAGAAAAUUAAUGGUUACCUCUGCUGAUUCGCAAAUUCGGAUUAUUCAUGGGGUUGAUGUGAUUGGAAAAUACCGAGGGUUCCGUAAUGCAGGAAGUCAGAUAUCAGCAACCUUCACUAACGACGGAGCGCACAUUGUUUCUGCAAGUGAGGACUCUAACGUCUACAUCUGGAACCAUAGGAGUGAGGAAGGGCCCACGGCUCAGCCUAAGAACCACUGGGCUUGUGAGCAUUUCUUCUCAAACAGCAGUUCAGUCGCUAUUCCUUGGUCCAGUAGAACAUGCAGGAGCUAUUUUCUGCCGAGUACAUCAGGAGAAUUUACAUCUUCUGAUCUUUCUGUUGCCUCACUUAGAGGGUCAAAGCAAUCGCGUUUCUCAUCAGCCAAUCACUUGUCACUGAGCAAUGGAAUUUUCUCUGAGUCUGCCUCCAAGGGAUCCGCCACCUGGCCAGAGGAGAAGCUUCCUUGUUCAAACUCAUUGGCCGUGUCAUCUGCAAAAUGUAAAUUACAACACAAGUUUCUGAAGUCAUUUUGCCAGAGCAGGGUUGGUUGUCCUCAAACAUGGGGUUUGGUCAUUGUAACGGCAGGCUGGGACGGACGGAUCAGAUCGUACCAGAAUUACGGAUUGCCUCUAGGACUUUGAAUCUAUUCGAGACAAGCACUCGUGAUCGAUUUCUCAGAGACAAUUUCUUCUGAAGUUGGUUGUUGAAUUCGAACAGGUAUGGAGCUACAAAUUAUUCACAAUGUGACUGAUUUCAAGAAGAUAUGCAAUCUUUGUGUCAAUGUUUUGGUCCCAGUAGUAUAUUGCUUGAGCAUUUCUAUUAAAGUUGUUGAAGCAAUCUUUGAUUGUUUGAUGGGGGUAAUUGGGUUUGUAUAGUUUCACUCCACGAAAUUAAAUUACAAAAAUAUCAGGUUA